AUGCCUUACUCACCAAACCUUGCUGCCGAGAACCAGGCGGCCCUGGACCACUUCAUCCAACUCCCAGUGUCAAGUGACAUGAUCUCAUAUCUUGCUCAAAAGGCUACACAAGUCAUCCGCUGCGAGCCAUGCGUCAACAAGAACCUGCCCCCCACACCACCAGCCUCGCCCUCGCAGCACAUUGCCUCGCACCCCCGGGAACCGGCCCUUCCAUCCGUCGAAGAGUUCAUCACUUCCAUUGUCGAGAGAUCACAUGUCCAGACGGCCACCCUCAUGUCUUCGCUCAUCUACCUCAGCCGGUUACGGUCACGCCUCCCCCCUGUUGCAAAGGGCAUGCGCUGCACUGUCCACCGCAUCUUCCUCGCCUCGCUCAUUCUUGCUGCUAAGAACCUCAACGACUCAUCGCCCAAGAACAAGCACUGGGCAAAGUACUCGUCGGUUCGCGGCUACGACAACUUUGGCUUCUCCAUCACAGAGGUCAACCUCAUGGAGAAGCAGUUGCUCUUCCUCCUCGACUGGGACCUCCGCAUCAACACAGACGACCUCUACUACCACCUUGAGCCUUUCCUAGCCCCCAUUCGUGUCUGGCAAUCACGCCAGGCCGAGAAGGCCAGGCUUGCCGAGAAGGAGAAGGAGCUUGCCCGCAAGCAGUACCAGCUCACUACUGAGAACCUCUCGCGCUCAGUCCACACCUACCCAUCAAACUCAUCCAUGUCUUCACACUCUUCUCGUGCUCAGAGGCAUCGCAUGCAAUACGUCCCAUCAUCCCGCGCACCCUCGCGCACACCCUCGCUAUCACCACCUACCCGAAGCUCCUCGGCCUCAGUCUCAUCGGAAUCGCCUUCCAGCUUCCACGAGGAGCCUUCAGAGGCCGUUCUCCACCGCUACGACGCGGACCAGGGUGCCAAUGUUGUAUAUAUCAAUGGCCCUAUCCCGUACGCAGCCCCCAAGCAGCAGCAUGCUCUCCCGCUGUACGAGCACCAACCCUCCAAGAAGGUCAAGACGUCAGCGGGCGGCAUCUUCAGCCGGAUGUUCGGCCAGACGGGCGCAUAUACCGGCCGUCAGGUCACGUAUUAA